UCUCAAAAACUACAAUACCUAUAAUUCAGGUGCGUGACUUUCACUUCCGGGGUCGUUGACCAUCAGCCUGUCAGCAGGAGAAAGAUGUGUCCUUGAGCAAGACUCUGAACCCCAAAUUUCUCCCGAUGUUGUGUACGCAUGGGGAAAAAAAUGUGUUAUUGGAUGUAGUGUCCCUGGAGUGCUGCGAUGCCGCUGGAGGUAAAAUGGCCGUUCCCACAGUGCCCGGCUUUGGCGUGGAGAAUCUCCAGCUCACUGAUCAUGGGCAUGGUGGGCUCCUAUUCCUACUUCUGGACCAAGUACAUGAACUGCUUGACGGUCCACAACCACAAGGUUUUGUUUGAUCUGAUUGACCAGAGGCCCUCGGACUCACCCCUCAUCACUCUAUCCAAUCACAAGUCUUGUAUGGAUGACCCCCAUAUCUGGGGCAUACUGAAGCUCAGGCAUUUGUGGAACUUCAACAAGAUGCGGUGGACUCCAACAGCAGCUGACAUCUGUUUCACGAAAGAGCUGCACUCACGAUUCUUCAGCCGUGGAAAGUGUGUUCCCGUCUGCAGAGGCGAUGGUGUUUAUCAGAAAGGCAUGGAUUUUAUUCUGGAGAGGCUGAACAGAGGAGAAUGGGUGCACAUUUUUCCAGAAGGCAAAGUCAACAUGACUGAAGAAUGCAUACGGUUAAAAUGGGGUGUGGGCCGGCUAAUAGCAGAGUGCUCCCUUAAUCCUAUUAUCCUGCCGCUCUGGCAUGAGGGUUUGAGUGACGUUCUGCCAAAUAGGACGCCCUACGUUCCUCGGAUUGGCAAGAGAAUCACAGUCUUGGUGGGGAAACCGUUCAGUGUGAAAGACAUCGUUGAAACCCUUCGAGCCGAAAACAAGAGCCAGUUUCAGCUCUAGUUGGCAUUACUGGUUACCGUUAUGUUGGAAAUGAGGAAGACCUUGACUGAUUUCAUCCAGGGGGAGUUUUGGAGCCUGAAAGCCCAGGCCGAGGCCCUCCACGGGCAGACCAAGUCCUGAGUCCCAGCCUUCCUGCUACACUUCUCCCCUCCAACAAGACUGAAGCCAAUACCUUUACUCCUGGAAGCCCUCCUACACACAGGACUGUCUGUGACUACUUUUUUUUUUGGUAUCCACUCCCUUUCUUUUCUCUGCUGGAUCACACACCUCCACACUGCAAUGUCAUCGAGUUUCAACAAGCUUAGGAACGUUUUUGGGAGAAUGUAUGCAAGUUGUGUUUUGCUGAUUCAACAGAAAUGCCAUUACAUUUUGUUUUUAUUCAAAGCUGCAAAUACAUCAUCCAGUUGCUGCAAUCCACAGCCACCCAAAGCAGGACAAUAGAUAAAAAAAAAUAGAUUGAUGGAUGAACUACAAUCGAUGCUGUGUGACUUUUUAAGCAGCCAUUUCUACAGUUGAUUGGGCAUUAAAUAUCAUUCAUAUAUCUCAUUUAACUGGUAAUUUGAGCUUCUCCGCUUUGUUUCAGUUAUUAUCCCACUGGUACCAUCAACACAGCCAAGUGUCGGAGGAAUGAUGCACAUUUUGGAUGAUUUCAUGCCUCACAAAUUACAUGCAGUGCCAAUGCA